AUGGAAUCUUCAACCUCCAAAGUUGAAAGCCCCUUCGCACGUGCCCUCCUCGCAGGCGCCCUAGCAGGGACAACUGUCGAUCUUUCCCUCUACCCCAUUGACACCCUUAAAACCCGUCUCCAAUCCUCCACGGGCUUUUACCAAUCCGGCGGUUUCCGCGGUAUCUAUGCCGGCGUCGGCUCCGCAGUUGUUGGCUCUGCCCCCGGUGCCGCUCUUUUUUUCGUGAGCUAUGAGUCUAUCAAAUCAGUCUUGAAACGAGCGCGUGAAGCCGAAGCAGGGAAACAAUGGAUGGGAGACUGGAGCGAACCCAUUGAACAUAUGGCGGCAGCCAGUGUGGGUGAAGUGGCUGCUUGUGCGGUCAGAGUGCCAACGGAGGUAGUAAAGCAAAGGGCGCAAGCCAAACAACAGCAGAAUUCCUUGGCAGCCUUGAGCUUUAUUCUGGGGCAGAGGAAGGAUAUUGGGGUGAUGGGGGUGUGGAGGGAGAUGUAUAGGGGAUGGGGUAUUACCGUUAUGCGGGAGGUGCCGUUUACCGUUAUACAAUUCCCGUUGUGGGAGGGAUUGAAGGAGUGGCGGAGGAGGAAGACGGGGAAGGACGGUAUUACGGCUUUGGAGAGCGGAGUCUUUGGGAGUGUGGCAGGUGCCGUAGCUGCUGCGGUGACAACGCCGUUAGACGUUUUGAAAACGAGGCUGAUGCUGGCGAGAGAUAGAGAAAGAGCUGGAGUGUUGCUGGUGACGAUUUUGAGGGAGUCAGGGCCAAGGGCUUUCUUUGCGGGAAUGGGUCCCAGAGUGCUGUGGAUAAGUGCUGGAGGUGCUAUCUUUCUAGGCAGUUACCAAUGGGCAUACAAUGCAAUGGGUGAGCCUCGAUAA